GUCUAGUCGAGGCAGCCGAGCCGAUAAGACGUACUGCCGUGCUUCUCUAUCAAUCUGAAUCGUGUUCCGUAUUCUCGUUUGAACUAGUUACUGUCAGUUAAAGUUUUUCAAGGUGUUUUUAUUUAAAACAUACUAAAAUGUCAGGAACCUGUGGCGUUUGCAAUGUUAAUUUAAGCUCUAGUAAGGCUUCGGAUGUGGUUGCAUGUUCCGGUAGCUGCAAAAAAUCUUUUCAUCUUGCCUGCAUAAAAGACGAUAGUGAGGAGACAAAAGUGCGUUCUGUGAAGCAAUGGAGAUGUAAAGACUGUCGUGAUUUCAAUAGUCUGAUUUCGGAUUCCAAUGCCAACAUUACCAAGGAUUUUAUGCGAAAGGUACUGGAAGGUUUCAGGAAUGACUUCUUCCGAGAACUUAAAUUAGUGAGAGAUGAAAUGGCAGGAGUGGUUGAAUCGAUUGGGUUCCUAUCAGAUAAGGUCGACGCAAACAAUAGCUUAUUGGAUGAACUAAGAAAGGACGUUACUAAACUGCAAAACGAAAACAAAUUUUUGCGAGCAGCCAAUGCAUCUGUUAAUGCGGCCAACGACGUCAUGCAAGAGCGGAUUAGAGCGUUGGAACACGUGUGCCCAGCUUCCGAAACGACCGACCGCCGUCCCUCGUCGUCCAUCUCAGCUGUCGAGCCAUCAGGGAUGAGUGGAUCAAACGUUUCAAGGAAAAUAGGAAUGCUGCCACUGCCGACAGAAUAAACGCGUCCUUUCCAAAGCAAAAAGUGUUUGUGAACGAGCAUCUUGCCCCAGUGAA